CGCAGCCGUUCCGAACCCAGCGCUCGUGCUGUCACCAUCUUCUCUUCAUUUCACAAUUCGCAGCACGCCGACCACGAGUAUGGCCACCGUCAUGAGCAGCAUCUCGCACCGCUUCGGCCCGAUCGCCAAGAAGGACCGCAAGAGCCACCGCUUCGCGCCGUAUUCGGCCAAGCGCCCGGCCCUCCCCGAGUACGAGUCGUACCUCGAGGCGAUGGACUCGGCCGAUGAAUUCUGCGCCGAGACUGACGUCGAGACGCCCUUCAGCGCUGUCUUUGAAGACGACUUUGUCCGCCUCUCGAUCGAAGAAGAGCUCGACAUGGACCCGUCUCUCGACAUGGAGUGGAGCACCGAAGACCUCUCGAUCCUCCUCGCGCUCUUCUCCAAGGACGUCAAGGUCUAAGCAACCCCAGUAGCAUGUUAGCAUAGGCACCCUAAUUUAAAUCGUAUUAGUUAUAUAGCAAGGACAAGCGUAUGACUCUC